AACGAGUGAAGAGAGGUAUGAAUAUCGCCUGCUUGCCGGAGAAAAAUUACAGCAGGACAAGAGUGUCAGAAAUACAGUGAGAAACCAGCAACAAUCAGAAUGUCUGCUGAUCACUACCUGACAAGAUGGAUUUACCUUCACGGCCUGAACAGUUUGAUUUCCAUGGAGUCUCAAUGAUACAUUAUUUCACUGACAACUGGGAGAACAUUCAAAACUUUCAAGCCAGGCCAGAUGAUAUACUUAUUGCAACAUACCCCAAAGCUGGAACCACAUGGGUCUCCUACAUCCUUGACCUACUGUAUUUUGGCCAGACAUCCCCAGAGCGUCAGACAUCCAUCCCAAUUUAUGAAAGAGUACCUUUCUUGGAGAUUGUGAAGUCAGCUGAGGAAGGAGUUGACCUGGCGAACAACCUUCCCACCUCUCCACAACUCAUUAAAACUCAUUUUCCAGUCCAGUUUGUGCCAAAGUCCUUUUGGGAGCAAAACUGCAGGAUUGUCUACGUGGCCCGCAAUGCCAAAGACAACGUUGUCUCUUAUUUUCACUUUGAGCACAUGAACAAGGCUCAGCCAGAUCCUGGAGACUGGAGCAGCUACCUCCACAGAUUCAAAGAGGGAAAGAUUGUGUUUGGACCCUGGUAUGACCAUGAUAACAUGAAAAAGAACGACAUGGCCAACUUUUCUACUGUCCCAGUUAUGGAUUUCAAAAUAUCUCCUUUCAUGAGAAAAGGGAAGGUUGGUGACUGGAAGAACCAUUUCACUGUGGCCCAGAGUGAAGAGUUGAAGACUACAAGAAGAAGAUGA